AAGGUGCAAUUGAAACAUACCAAGUCCCAACCCAACAGAAGAAUCUUAGAGGUAGUUGACUGAUGACUUGUUUAAUUCCUAAACUACCCAAAAAUUGCAAUUAUUUCUGACUCAUAAUUCAAGGGUAUUUCUGCCAAUAAAUGUAAAAUCUUACCCUCUAAACUCUUAUAUAUAGCUACUCACCAACUUUCUCUAGGAUUAUAUUAAACCAUUCUUGAUUUCAAAAGGAAAGAAAAAAAAGAAAAGAAGAAAAGAAAAACCCUUCUGUUUGUUUUGAAAGAAGAUGGAAUCAAUCAAGAAUGCUAACUUCCAAACUAAAUCUAGAAACCUCCACUUUCUUCAUCUACUCACUAAGUUCCUAGCCGCAAUGUUUUUCUUCUCUGUAAUAUUUCUCUGUUCUUCGCUUCUUCCUUUCCUUUUCAGCUCCAGCAGCAUUGGCAAGAACUACAUGUUCCUUCUCUGCAAUGGGAUUCUUGUUUUAAUUGUCAAGAAUUCUGGUCUAAUGGCAGAUUCUGAUCAAGAGGUCAAACCCACAAUAAAAAAUGAAGGAAGCUCACAGAAAUUAACACCGCCGCCAUCAGCAUCAGAGACCAAAACAGUUGUUGCAGAGGCAACAGUGGUCGUGGCAAUUGAAGACAAAUCUUCGGUUAUGUUAAAAGGAAAUGUAGCUGGCGAACAAGGGACUGAGACUGGUGUCAUUGAUGAUGGAGUAGAAGAAGAAGACGAAGAAGAAGAAAUUGAAUUGCUUAGUGCAGAAGAGUUGAACAAGAAAUGUGAUGAUUUUAUAAGAAGGAUGAAGGAAGCAAUCAAAUAUCAAUAACUAUUCUUGGUUUGAUUAAUAAUAAUUAUUAGUAGCUAAAUAGUUAGAAAGAAAAAGAAAAUGACUUGCUAAGAUGUCCAUGACUUUGUACUAUGAUUUGAUUGUGUUGCCUAAUUUUUUAUCACCUUAACAUGAAUUUUGUGAGUAAAAUUUUA